AUGCAAAUUUACCGUCCUCCUGGACUUCGAUCCGACGGCUCGUCGACCACGACGGCCGCCACGACACCAUCGUCAACGAAACCGAAGCCGGCAGCCGGUCAAAAGCUGUCCUCCAGCGAUUGUGACUCCAAUGUCACUUCACACAUUUUGAAAGAAGAAAACAAUAACAAGAAAGAUUGCGGCGAGUCGACGAGCUCACGUGCCAGCUCGCGCGCUUCCAACAACAUAUCGUCUGAUGAUCGGCACACGAACGGAAGUUUGAAACGGACUGAAAGUUCACUGAGCUCCGAGUCGACGCCCUCCUCGCAGAAAUCGUACGGUUCUAACUCGAAUAAGCUGAAUGGCCAACACACUGUCAACGGCGGUGCUCAUCAGCAAUACAACAAGAGGAUCAACAAUUCGAAGAAGGAACAUCAAAAGAAGAAAGUGAUGAGUGAGCACGAGAUUGAAAAGGCUAUCAUUGAGUUGAGAGCCCUUCAAUUACAUUCCCACUCCGCACAAAUCGAGCAAUGGAUCGGAGGAGCGUUCUGUGAUGAGGAGUUGGCUGAAUGUAUUGGGUCAGCUUUAUGCAGACAUGCUAUUGAAGGUGGAGGUGGCAGUGGAGUUGGCAAACUUUGUGCCAAUUUUAAAUAUGCUCCGUCGAUUGGGUCCUUUGUUAAGGGCCUCAUCAUCGCAUUAUCCCAAUACCUUGAAUGCCGUCAUAAGAUUCGUGAGGAUCACUUCCGUAUGUGGAUUUCGUUCAUCCAAUUUCUCACUGAACUUUACUCCAACCUUGGCUCUGACUCAAAAGGAGAACUCGCUACGAUAGUGUUCGAUGUCUUCAACUAUCUCCUGAGACCACCAAUUCUGGAACAUGUAAAGAUUCAAGAAUUGGAGUGUCUCAUCUCGAUUUUGAUCAAAGGCGGAUAUGAUUUGGAGAGAGAAUGUCCCGAUCGGUUGGCGUUGCUCAAGGAUCUGAUAAGGGAUGCAUUCAUCGACGUCUCCGAACCAUGGGCCCGCAAAAUGAUUCUCCUCCUUCUGGAACUCGGCGCAUCUAGCUGGAAACUUCCCACCGAUGCGAAUGAGUACUAUUUCAAUGAGACUGCUACCUAA